AUGAGUGCGAGGACGCUAACGAACGUGGUCAAUGAGCAAACGACAACGCUAAAUGCCCUGAUAUAUGGCUAUGCAGGCCAUUCGCUUGUCACACCUCACGCUGCGCUGCAACAAAUUUGGUGGACCGACGAGAGAAUAAACGAAAAGGUCACACAAGACUUCGUGGCUUCGCGACUGCAGCCACGAGAACGUGAGCGCCUGACACAGCCCGUGGGCUUCGGCGACCUAUCAGACGACACAUACAUCGAAUGGAUUAUAGAAAAGGCGCGCCGGUUGUUCCUCGUACUGGCCGAGAUUGGAGAAGCGGAUGGCAUUUUCGCCGUGGUCGAUCGGUCAUGGGACGAUAAUGACCUGCCGCUUGAGAUGGACGACAUCGAACAACUGGCGCUCUCGAACAGACGCGACGCACAUGCCAGUGCGCGCUUCUACUCCACGCAGUUUACAUUUCUGCUCCGGGAACUUCAAAACGGUGUACACAUAGACUACGCACCGAAUGAAGAAGUGCCUCUGGAGUAUGUCAUGGGCCUGCCGCCUGCAGCCAGCCUUCAAAACUGGUCGCGUGUGCACCUGCCGAAGAGGCCAAAGGAGGUCUAUGUUCGGAGAAAGUUCGCUUUGGGAAACGGCGAGUCGCCGACGGCAUUCGAGUCGACCUUUAUCAUGGAUGUUGAGAGCGCUCGAAUGGUUGAGCACGAACACAUUGCGCCAGUCUGGGCCUCGUACACGGCGAAAGGGACCGGUUACGUUGUGACGAACUUUGUGGGACAACACACCCUUCGAUCCUUCAUUGACCACCGGGAUCCAGCACAGUACAGGAAGCUACCCAAGCCGGAGAGGAGAUGGCUCGUCCUGAACUGGAUGCACUGCUUAGUAGACGCGAUUGCGACAAUGCACCAGAAUGGAUUCUGCCACUCCACGAUACGGCCGUCUAAUAUCGUCAUUGAUGAGAGCAACACAAUCGCAUUCAGUGAUAUUGGCUGCCUGGAGACGUUUCAGCGGGACAAGAGGCCAGACGUGACGGACGCAUACAUCUACAGCGCACCUGAAACGCAAGUCAUGCCUGCAUCGUUCGAUCCAAGUGCUCCAGCGCCAUCUCCCGUCGUAGCAAGCACUCGGCAUGCCUCCGUUGCGAGCAAAAGCUCGAACGAAUCAUCGAGUAGCGGCGGAUCCUUGGGGCGAAAGCUCUCGAAAGCUCCUACCAACGACUUCAGCGGGUUCAACUUUGGCUUCCGGAGGACGAAACCGAAGGCAAAACCGCGAUCCCGAGUGCAUGAGACAGAAAAGGCGGAUAUCUUCUCAUUGGGUUGCGUCUUCUUGGAGAUCAUCAGCUUUAUGUUGAAGAAGAAGCCCCACGAGUUCGUCAAGCAUCGUACAUCAAAGCAAAGGACGAACACCGGUGGUAGCAAGAGCCGCACAGACUCUUCUUUCCACGCCAACUUGGAAAAGAUUGAGAGCUGGAUGACUGUGCUCGAGAAGGCGUCGUGCGAGCAUGACGACGAUGCGUUCCGUGCCAUUCCACACAUUCUGACGCUGGUCAGGAGUAUGCUCAACACGACGCCAAACGCUCGGCCCAAUGCUCGCAAUGUCCGCGACAAGCUUGUGGAGAUCUUGAGCGCUCACACUACCAUUCCAGACAUCCACUGUGGCGCGCACAAUCAUGACUUUGGGCGCGCUGGGUCGUCCACUUCUGGCUCCGAUCGAGCCUCCAGUGUGACUUCGCUACGGACGAUGUCGACGAUCAGCUCGGCAUCCGACGCAGAUACCAUUCGACUGUCCACGUCUUCGAUGACCCGUAUGAACUCCAUCGUCAACUCUUACUCGGAACGUAUGACUCUGGCUGGGAUCUCCGAGGACGACAGCGCUUCGAUUCGCACGUGGUCGAACAGCCCUGCCCACGCCAAUAAGUGUGCCAAGCUCCCCGCGAUCUGCGGAGCGAGCUUCGAGCCCAUCAAGACUGAGCUCUGUUCAGAAGAAGUCUUGGAAAGGGCCAUUCUUCCGCAUGCCCUGAGGUUCCAUGGAUAA